AUUAUUGCACGUAAUCUGCAUACAUUGCAGAUUAAUAAAACACCAGCCAUGAUGGCGGGCCGCCUUUGACCCAGAGACUUGCAUUAAAAGGUACAUUUGUCGAGUUAAAAAUCAUCUUCAGGUGUUAAACUCCUGCGUGAUGGGCGGCUGCAGUCACGAGUUUUUUGGCAAAGUCCAUUUUGUUCAUCGACUUCCAUUCAUUUUGAACCUGUUCAAAGUACUUGAACAUUGACUUUCCACCGACUGUAACGUACAGAACGACUGCGCGGAAGGAGCCCUUUGAGUAGACCUCAGAGAGGAGACACUUGUCACCGCCGUUGCCGGACCAUAUCUCUGAGCCUUCAUCCGUUACCUUGUCGACUUUCUCGCCAUUGGAGGGGAUGUACUUGGUCAUGGGAACCCCGUUGGUCAAGUACUUGAACGUCUUGAAGGAGGUCUCAUCAGCACUAGCCACGUUUAGAGUUUUCCCAGGGACCUCGACCUCCUCCUGCUCAGUUGGCUUUACAACUCCCAUGAUUUUAGAGAGGCGCUUGGAGAAAGUCUCGGCGGUGAUGCGACCCCAAAUUCCUUCAAAACGCUCGACGUACUUCUCCUCACCAUUCAGGUUGAGAGAGGCUACAUGCACGCCCCUUUUCUUAAAGAAGGUGGCACCGGUGCAGUACUCAUCACCCUUGGCUUCCCAAAUGCGUUCCUUGCCGUUGUACAGCGAGACGAUUUUGAAUCCAGUGACGGGUACCACAAACCUGGUAUCGACGCCGUAGUCGUUGUAUUCAGUAUUUUCAAAGGACAGACAGGAUGAAGACUGAAUGUCCACCUUGAUGUCACUCAUGUUUGAGCGCAAAAUGACCUCGAGAGCCUUGUAGAAUGACUCAUAUCCCAUAGCCUUCCACGCUCCGUCAACCUUCUCAAAGUAGCGUUUCUGAGCAUUUCCCCCAAGGUUUGCUAUAUCAAGUGAACAAAGAGACUUUCCGUUUGCGGAAUAAGUCAAGGCAGCGACGCAUUUGGUCUCCUGUGCUACCCACAGGGUAUCAGAGCCGUCAACGACUGAUGUGAUGAGGACACCGUUCUUGGGGGUAUAAGACUGAUAUACGAUCCCCUUGAGUGUGUAGGUGUAUGGCAAGAUCUUGUUAUCGCCAGGCUCGUUGCCGAGCUCCAAUUGGUAGCCUGUUUCGCUUGUGGGUUUAAAGUUCUCGUUGAGGGAUGAGAACCUCUUGUCGAAAUCUCCUUCGGAGAUGGGCAUCCAGAUGGAGUUGAUCUUUUCACGAAAACAAAGAGCAAACUCCCUGGUGACGAGGGACAUGAGAGUAGAGUCUCCCUUGGAGAAUAAAUUUACAGCGGUACAGCCGUCUGUUCCUUCAGCCUCCCAGAGGGUAGCUCCGGAAUCCACGAUCUUUCCAAAGGAACUGGCAUCUUUGGCGAGGAAAGACUUGUAAGAAAUUCCGAAAAACGUUCCUUCCUCAAGAGUAACGUCCUCAUUAUUUACCUUUUGUAUAU